AUGCCUCUUCGAGUGCGUGGCGUAUCGACGCCACUGGCUGGCCUCGAUGCCGUCGUCUCCCUCUCCUCUAGGAGCUCUUCGUCCUCGCCGUUCCUCCGAACUUUCUCGACAACACCAUGCCGUGAGAAGAUGAGCAAGGGCCGCGCGAGGAUGUUCGAGUGGCUGAAUCACGGUGGUGGCAGGAAUCUUGCCGAGGCUGGCACCAGCCCCAACUACCUUGGUCCUCACCAAGAUCAACCUUUUCCUCUCAACCCUCUGUUCCGAAGUCAGCCCGUACUCGCUGAACAGACCCGAGAACUCAUCUAUGACAAGGUGAUACGGAAGGGCGACUCGCUCAAGGCGGUGUCUGCUGAAAUGCACAUCGACGUAAGACGAGUUGCUGCCGUGGUGCGGUUGAAAGAGGUUGAGAAGCAAUGGAAAUCCGAAGGCAAGCAACUGGCAUUGCCUUACGCCAAAGCAGUCAUGAAGAUGCUACCAAAGACGUUCUGGGAAGAAGGUGCGGAGAAUGUGCCCCACGAGCCCAUCAACGAGAUCCAUGUGCACAACCUCACUAUGCAACAAUUAUUCCAGCCUGUGUCAGAAUCUCGACAUUUUACACGAGAGGAUGCCGCCAAGGCUUUUCACGAUAAUAUGCUUUCUGCCGAUAAGCGGUCGCCUCAGCCUGAGCUUAUCGAGAUGGAGCGAGCCAUCAUCAAGGGCUCUCCACGCCCAAGUGCAUUGACCAAAUUCCGUGAGGUCACUCAACGUGACGAGGACAUGGUCGCUGAGCGGAUAGUGAAGGAGCGCCAGCGCGAGGAGGCCAAGACAAAACGAGUCAAGACGGACCGUUACGAGUUCCGGUUUAAGGAGAUCAAUGUCGAUGAUGUCGGCCGCGACGGUCGUUCAAGAAGGGGAACUGGAUGGCGCUAUGGUGCGCCUUUCGAGGAUCGCAAGCGUGGGCUGGUCAAGAUUCCCACGUCGGUGCCUUGA